UUUUACUUUGUGCUGUACUUGAUUUUCCACGCCACGCAGGGAAAACCUAAUCUUGUGUGGCAGACGGUGUAAAUCGCACAGCCUUGGAGGCCUUGCCAUUGAUCCCAUAGCCUGUGACAUACAGGAAAAACCUGUGUGACGUAAGAGCUCAUCAGCUACUGGCUUCCAUCACGUAAUGGCCUCGCCAUGUAGUGUUUAUUUAUGGAUGGACUGAAAGUCUACCAGUGUUAUGAAGUGUCACAAAUUAUAAAUUAAUAUUAUUUUGGAAGGAAUUCAGUUUCUGUUUUCAGUUUUUUUGUUUUGUUUAUUUGUUAUUUAGCGGUGAUUAACAAUAGAGGUCCCCGGCAAUGACCCAUUAACAAAAUUUUUGAUUUUGUCUUUAGACUUAAUUCUGCUGCACUGGGGCACCCUAUGGAUGUCCCCCAGGGGGGGGCAUGAAAUACAGAUGUAACGUUUUUUUUUUUUUGGGGAGGGAACAAUGCACGGACUAUAUUGAGCGCAGAAGGUCAAAGGGGAGAAAUGUCCGUGAAGGUGCACUUUGUUGGCCCUCUGAAUCAUAUAUUGUUUUGCGGGGACGGUGUGGCCAUGGAAACGGCAGCAAUUGGAAGUGAGAAACCUGAGGAUCUGCGCUGAUGCGAUCCCCCCCCCCCCCUCCCCCCUCUUAAGAGGGUUCGGGGAGGCAGCCGCUCGGCCAUUUCGGGCUGCCGUCUCCCCCCCGUGGAGCCCCCGCUGUGCCACUAUGAGCCUGCCUGUCCUCUUGCGGUUCCUGCUCUUGGAACUCCUCGCUGCAAACUGCCAAGAACUGAUGCAGGGACGCAUCGUCGGAGGCUACGCCCCAGCGCCCUACUCCAUCAAGUACAUCGUGUCCAUACAGACCACCAACGGCCAGCACUUCUGUGGGGGAUCUUUAGUGAACAGAUACUGGGUACUGACAGCAGCUCACUGUGACAUUGGGACCAAACAGCUCCUGAUAGUGGCAGGAGAUUACUCCCUGAGCACGUACGAAGGGACGGAGCAGUACUCACAGCCUCACAGUCUGAUCCCCCAUCCGCUGUACAACAAGAGCAGCAUCAACGCUGACAUCAUGCUCAUAAAGCUCAAAGCCCCCAUGGUCCUGAACAGCUAUGUGUCCAUCGCCCCCCUGCCUCGCCAGGGUGGGGGGGUGCCAGAGGGGCGGGUCUGCCGCGUGUCAGGGUGGGGCUACACCAAUUCCGACGGGGGGCGGGUCCCUUACACGCUCCGGACGGUCCAGCUGCCCAUUGUCUCCACCGCCAAGUGCAACAGCAGCGCGUCCUUCAACGGGAACAUCACCACCUACAUGAUCUGCGCAGGCUACGCUGCGGGGGGCAAGGACGCAUGCAGAGGGGAUUCUGGGGGCCCGCUGGUGUGUGAGGGGCGUGUCUACGGAGUGGUUUCCUGGGGCAACGGCUGCGGAGACGCCAGGUUUCCGGGAGUCUACACGGCCGUCUCCAUGUUCCGGAGGUGGAUAGACCGGACCAUCUACAGCUCCUACAGCCGAUGCCUCAAGCAUUAGACCACAGAGUUACCCAGCCCCCCCCCCCCACCCCCCCGAGGCAAACUGACUACCAUGAACUGAAAUCCCACUGUACAUGUGACGCGCAUCAAUCGCGUAAGGAGAUACAAUGUAUGUUUUUUAUUUUUAGCUUCUUUUUCUAAUUUAUCGAGUCAGCUUGGAUUUCCACUUUGAUUUCACAUGUCAUCUAAAAAUGUCAAAAUAUGACAUCUAAGAUUUGCUUAGUCAUUACAAAUGUCUUUUUUAUUCUUAAUGCUUUUCUUUUUUUGAAAUGUUUUCGUAUCUUGUCUUAGUUUUGCACAGCAGGGUUUCUUUCCUACCAAGGUGCCAUACUGCACACUGUAUGAAUACACUUUUAUAGAUAUUUUAGCUAUGUUGAACAGUAAUAGAUUGAUUUUAUUUUGUAGUAAGGAAAAUCCCUGCCACAGGUACUGUGAAUGCCAAGCCUGAACUGGAAUAAGGAAAGUGGGGAACACACAAAUCUUUUAAUUUUAAGAGUUGAGUGAAUGUGUUUUGAGUGGUGUCAUUUACAAAUAUUACAAGACAAUGGUGCAACAAAUGUAUUGCUUUUGCCUGUUUUACAACAUUAUAGACUACAACAAAUUUUGUACACUUAUCCUGACACCAUGGACAAUAAAACAGGAAAACAUUAAAGGGCCAACUGAAUUUGUUGCUCUAAAUUUACCGUUUAUGCUGUAUAUUUAAUGACAAAACACACACACACUGUUUUUAGAUUAUAUACCUUUAUAGGGCAACACUAAUUCUCUUAUCAGCCAGGACAGAUGGCCUGGGCACACUGAUAGAAGACAUUUUGUUUCAUGUUGUACUUUCACAGUCCCCUGAUCUAGUUACUUUUUUGUUUCAUCCUAGUGAGCAAAAGUCAGAAUCUAGACGUCCAGAAGGCUGGAAAUCUAGGCAUAU